AGGUACGACAUAUCGCUUCCUUUUAUUGUUUUGGGGGGCUUCUACAUCUACUCUCCAUUGCCGAUGACUCAAUUCGCUUCGCGGCGGGUGCUGGCGGCGCUUUUCGUCGUCGUGGCGGUCCUCUCGUGCUCCUCUGCGCGUGGCAGCGAAGAGGCGGCCGAUGCGAAGGAAACGUUGGAGCUGUUCUCCGACGGCUCGUCCACCGUCUACACGCUGCCAGACUCCAUGAUUACGCUCAGCGACACUACCUUCGAAGGCUACCUGUUCCCAAAGAAGUCCACCACCACCCGCGCGUUCUUGGCGGUCUUCUACUCGCCGUGGUGCCCGCAUUGCAAGACCCUCCUGCCGGGCUUCAUCAACGCCAGCACGCAACUCGACCUGCUCGGCAUCCCGCACAGCUCCUUUGCUGUGUGCGAUGUGCAGAAGAACCGCAAGGUGCUGGAGUACUUCCAGGUGAACAAGUUCCCCCUCCUGGUGUACACCACCGGCAAAGGGAGGCAGUGGCACACGUACGAAGGCGCCAACACACAGGAGGCGUUCAUGCAGUUUUCCGCGUAUUUGCAGCGCGCACUCGACACAGGCAGCUUUUCCGAAGACGUGACGGACGUCACUCGAUUUAACGAGGUGGAGGCGGCGAGCGGCAGCCUUCGCGUGCCGUGCUACAUCUACGUGCCACGCACGUCGCCUAGCCGGCCAGAGAAUCAGCGUGCUGCGCCGUGGAGCCAAGCGGUGGACGGUGCUGCCUCUGUCGGCAACAUCCGCUUCUCCGUCAUCUACGAAGCAACGCAGGCGGAGGACUGGGCCGACCACGCCAGCGGCGCGUACGGCGCCGUCGUCGCGGUCGCCAAGGCGUGCGUGGCGGCUGGCAAGGCAAACGGGCCGGACGGCGAGGCGCUGGUCGUCUACACGGACCGCUACCGCACACCGAAGUGCUUCACGGGGGUGUGGGUGGAGAAGCGGAAGGACAGCCCAACGAGCGACGCGCUUGCCAUGAGCACCAAGUUGGAGUACUUUCUCGCUCUACACGGCUUCCACGCCGUCGAGGACGCCGCUGCGGCGAUGUUCGACACCCUGACGCACAUGCCAAAGAACUACCUCGGUGUCAUUCUGUCCCCCGACCCGAUUGACGCGAGUGAUGAGAAGUUCGUGCCUGUGCUGCGCGAGAUCACGCAGGUGGAGAACAUCGUAUUGGAGCAGCAGAACGGCGGCGACGUCUCCGUUGACGCGGAGAUCAACGCCCCGCGGGUGUCGUGGGCCUUCAUUGAUGCAGUGAACUACGAGGUGUGGCGGACGCACUACGCAGUAGAGGUGGAAGACUUGCCUGCGAUUGUGAUCAUCGACACAAAGCGGGAUCGCUUUUACAAGAUGCGCACCCGCGUCCCGCGCUUCGAGGAGAUCAAGCUGGACACGCCGUGGCGCAUUGGCGGGGAGCAACAGCAGCUCAUUCAACAGUUCGCCCGCGAUGUGCUGGCGGACGUCUACAAGGCGGAGAAGCUGUCGUUGGCGGGCCGCUUUGCAGAGUUUCUCUCUCACUACCCUGGAUUUUCUUUUCUAUACGAAGUGCUGAACUACGAGGACUUUGUUUUUGACAUUGUGGUGAUGGUUCUGGGUUUCUUCUGCUUUCUCAUGUUCCUCGCCAUCGUCGCGGAGCCGAUGUCGGAGAGGUACACGGAGCACCAGAAGCAGCAACAGCAGCCUAAGCUCAAAACCGAGUAA